GGGAGCAGAGGUUUCCAUGGUGACGGCAAACAAGGAGCACGCUGGAGGGGCGGCCGCCGCACUCGAACCCGCGUCGCCGCCAUGAUCCCCCCUGCGGACUCUCUGCUCAAGUACGACACCCCGGUGCUGGUGAGCCGGAACACGGAGAAGCGGAGCCCCAAGGCACGGCCACUGAAGGUCAGCCCCCAGCAGCCCGGACCCUCCGGUCCAGUCCCACAGCCACCAAAGACCAAGCUCCCCUCCACUUCUGGGGUCCCCGAUCCUACAAAGCAGGCAGAAGAAAUCUUGAAUUCCAUCCUACCCCCAAGGGAGUGGGUGGAGGACACCCAGCUAUGGAUCCAGCAGGUGUCCAGCACCCCCAGCACCAGGAUGGAUGUGGUGCACCUGCAGGAGCAGCUGGACCUGAAGCUGCAGCAGCGGCAGGCCAGGGAGACCGGCAUCUGCCCCGUACGCAGAGAGCUCUACUCACAGUGUUUCGAUGAGCUGAUCCGGGAGGUCACCAUCAACUGUGCCGAGAGGGGACUGCUGUUGCUGCGAGUCCGGGACGAGAUCCGCAUGACCAUUGCCGCCUACCAGACCUUGUAUGAGAGCAGCGUGGCAUUUGGCAUGAGGAAGGCGCUGCAAGCCGAGCAGGGGAAGUCAGACAUGGAGAGGAAAAUUGCAGAACUGGAAACAGAAAAGAGAGAUCUGGAGAGGCAAGUGAACGAGCAGAAGGCCAAGUGUGAGGCCACCGAGAAGCGGGAGAUCGAGAGGAGACAGGUGGAGGAGAAGAAGCACAAUGAGGAGAUUCAGUUCCUUAAGCGGACGAAUCAGCAGCUGAAGGCCCAACUGGAAGGCAUUAUUGCACCAAAGAAGUGAUCGUUUCCACAUGGGUCUCAGCAAGCACUGCUACCCCAUCCUAAGCCCGUUGUAAUAAAAAAAAUAGCUAGUUUCCUGAGUGAACCAGCCCUGCCCUCCCCCGAUCACCACCUCCACGUUCGUCAGAAGUCACCCGGUGCCCCAGUGGAUGAGCAGCGGCCGGCAGCCAGGCCCCCGGCUGGGCAGCGGAAGGCGGUGGACGGCCAGCCCUGGGACCUGCCAACUCAGACAGGGAGGCUUUCCGCUCCCCACUCGCAGGUGAAGCAGCUGCCUUCCCCCCACGGCUCCAUACCACUGUACCGUCCGUUUCUAGCCAGAUGAGCCUCAUCCCCGCCCUGUUUCUGGCUCACCAUAUGCCCGUACCUGACGUUGGGCUGCUGGGGCCUCAGUGCGUCACUUGAGGUCUUUCCCCUCCCUCGCCCAGUGCAGUUCCAGUGACUCCUGUGAGUUGCGUGUUUAUCCGAGGUCGUGUCCCCCGCUGCCCGCCAAGCCCACCGCACCCUCUCCCCGGGUCUCAGGCCGCCCAGUAGAAGCCACAGCUUCUGAGAAAGUAAAUGUUUGCCAGGAACAAAGACAAGUCCCGAGGUCCCCUGUGAGCUGCCCGAUGCUCAGGAGCCCCGUGUGGUUUGCUCAUCCUCCCCUGCAGAAAGCCGCAGCCUGGCUCUACACCCCUCUAACCAGGGGUGUCUAAUGAGCCACCUCACGUGCAGCUCUCCCUACUGGAGGGGGCUACGGCCCGUAGACUGCACCGACUAUUCUUAAGUUAAACUCCAGGUUCCGAGGCCCCGAAGAGUAAGCUAGCAGGCUGUCCAGGGUGGGCCAGCGCGGUGAUAUGAGUGACUUCCGUCGUGGGGUCCGAAUGAAGGAGCGCCCUUGAAGGCACAGACGUGUCCGCGCAAUGCCUCGGGCUGCUCAGGACCCUCUGUAGUGGGGCUCAGAGCUGGCAUCGCCGCUGUUCAGGCUCCGAGACUCCCCGGAACAAGUGUGGUCCCACAGGAAGAGCCAUGUUCCAGGUCUCACCUGCCCCGUGCACGUCUAGCCUCAGAUGUGACAGCCGCCUCUGCCCCUGUCCAGGUGUCCCAAGGGAUUGCAGAACUCCACUAAGCUAACCUGUUGGGGCUGUCCUCGUGGGAAAGCACUCUGUUCACCGCAUGCGCUAGUUCCGGGACUCCCCAACAGGAAGGCGCGCGUCCUAACCGCACCCAUCUACUGGCUGUCCCGUCUGUUUUAAAGCCCAGGCCAUGUGCACUAUGCGCUUGGACUUUCCGGUUUUCACACUUCUGUUUCAAACUGCUAACUGCCAGUAUAAAACCAUUGCCCCUUCGGCUCCGUAGACCGCAUCUCUGUUUGGGCCAGAGCUUUACACGGCCUGGUUACGCUCGGGAACGAAGGGGGCCCAUUUAAGGGGCAGGAGUGCCAGUGGACCCCGUCAUCACUGAACGCCUUGGGGGGCAGAGGGAGCAUUUUCACUAGCACCGGUGAAGGGUUUCAACUGUUAAACCUCAGAACAAAUGCAUCAUGGCCUUAGAAAUGCCAACUGGGCAUGAAGAAAACGAACACAGUUUCUAACUGCAUAUUUUUGUAUAAUUUAAUAAACUUUUAAAAUGUUA